GUAGUCCUUCCCUCUUUCGGCAGCAAGGCGUGCGAGUGUGCUACAGUAGCCUAUGCUGUUUGAAUAAACGUAAUUUUUUCUUCUUAAAUAGUACUUAAGGAGUCCAGAAAUGAGUUUGCCAUUGAACCCCAAGCCGUUUCUAAACGGUCUCACGGGUAAACCUGUGAUGCUAAAGCUGAAGUGGGGUAUGGAGUACAAGGGGUACCUGGUGUCUGUGGAUGGAUACAUGAAUAUGCAGCUGGCCAACACAGAAGAGUAUGUGGAUGGAGCGCUAGCAGGUCACCUUGGUGAGGUGCUCGUCAGGUGUAAUAAUGUUUUGUACAUAAGAGGAGUCGAAGAAGAGGAAGAAGAUGGAGAGAUGAGAGAAUGAAGAGUGAAUUUUGACUAAUUAUGAUUGGAAGAUGUAUUGCUCUGUUUGCUUUGUGUCUCAGUUUUAUGUGAAACUGUCUCUUGUUAAAUUGUUAGUUUGGUUAUUAUUUUUUACACUAAACUUUAUUGGUGGCACAAUGAUUAAUAAAUUGUGCAG